GACAUUCUUUCAUAGAUACAUUGCGGCGCAGUAAAAUGUAAUUUUGUAUUAAUUUUCAAGAAAAUAAUAAAAUUUACAUAACUUUUCACUGUAAGAAUUCCUAAUUGUGGUGUUAUUUGUUACAUAAUAACUUGUUAAAAUGGUCUCCAAGAAAAAGAAGAAGUAUUCAACGGGUGAAGGAGCGCAGUUUAUGACCAGAAAGGCUGCGUUGAAGAAACUUCAGUUAUCUCUAAAAGACUUCAGAAGGAUAUGCAUUCUCAAAGGCAUAUAUCCGCGAGAACCACGAAACAGAAAGAGGGCCCAAAAAGGAGCGGGCGGUAUCAAAACACUUUACCACACAAAAGACAUAAAGUUUCUGUUACAUGAGCCUAUAAUAUGGAAACUGCGAGAGUUAAAAGUGUACCAACAAAAAAUACGCAAAGCGCGCAGCCAGCGAGAAUAUCGAAAGAUGAGACUGUAUUUCCGUGAUUAUCCAGACUUGAACAUAGAUCACAUAGUCAAAGAAAGAUAUCCAACAUUUGUUGAUGCUCUAAGGGACCUUGAUGACUGUUUGACACUUUGUUUCUUGUUCAGCACUUUCCCGUCUUUAAAGAGAGUACCCAGAGACCAAUCUGUUCUCUGUAGACGCCUGACUGUGGAGUUUAUGCAUGCAGUGAUAGCUGCUAAAGCUCUGCGUAAAGUGUUUGUGUCAGUCAAAGGUUACUACUAUCAGUGUGAACUGGAGGGGCAAAUUAUAACAUGGAUUGUACCACAUCACUUCUCAUUCCAACCCCAAAGUAAAGAUGAAGUAGACUUCAAAAUCAUGUCAACAUUUGUUGAAUUCUAUAUAAUGAUGCUGGGAUUUGUGAAUUUUAAGCUGUAUCACUCUCUGAACCUGGUAUAUCCACCUAAAUUAACUGCUGCAUUCAAUUCAGACACAGAGAAAGAUCUUAUAGACGAGCAUGCAUAUGUAGCAGAGAGAAUAGCUGCCAUGAACUUGUCUCCGGCCAAACUAGCUGGAUCCAAUGAGGCAGAGGAAUUGCCAGAGAUUGAUGUAUUUGACACAGAAGACAAAGAUCCAGAGAAGAUUGAAGAAGCCAAGUUGGAAGCUGAAAAAGUAAAGAAAUUAAAGACAAUGUUCCAAGGACUCAAGUUCUACAUAAACAGAGAAGUUCCGAGAGAAUCAUUAGUGUUCAUUAUUCGUUGUUUUGGCGGUGAAGUAUCGUGGGACAAAGAUCACUUUGUCGGUGCCACGUUUGAUGAAUCUGACGAGUCCAUUGCCUAUCAAAUAGUCGACAGGCCGAGUAUGGAUAAACAGUACCUCUCCCGUUACUAUGUUCAACCUCAAUGGGUAUUUGAUAGUGUCAAUGCAAGGACUCUACUGCCAAUCAACAAAUAUUUGAUGGGUGCCACUUUGCCACCCCACUUGUCGCCAUUUGUGGAUAAAAUAAAAGAUCAAGUGUACAUACCUCCUGAGCAAAGGGCACUGAAUGAUCCCAACUUUAAACUACAAAGUGACAAUGAAGGUUCUGAUGAAGAGAUUGAAGAAGCUAGUGAUGAGGAGAAGGCAGAACAGAGUGAACCUGAGGAUCCAGAGGGAGCCCUGACAAAGCAGUACCAGCAAGAAGUAGAACAGGACUCCUCUUCAGAGGAUGAAAAUGAUGAUGAAAAGGAUGCUGAAAAGAAGAAGCUAGCUAAGGAAAAGAAAAAGGCAAUGGCAGUAACAACAGGCGUGACUCAUAAGGAGAACCCAUACCAAAAGGAAAUUGAGGAUAAACAAGCAUUCAGACUGCGAGAGAAACUUGUUCAGAAGAAGCACAGGAAUUUAUAUAAGAGCAUGAAAGCCGGCAAAGAAAGCAGGAAGAAAGAAAUAUGGCUUCUAAGGAAAAAGAGACGUCUUCAUGACGAAAGAGUGAAAGAAGAAAAAAAAGCAGACAGAAAAAUACAGAAAGCUCAAGCUUUAGAAGCCGCACUUAAAUAAAUAUUCAAUAAACAAACAACUUUUCUCUGAUUUCAA